CGAGAAGCCAGCUCAAUUACUUAACAGCGAAGAAGCGGAGUAUGGUCGUCCUCUCCAACGGCUUACUGUUGUCUACAUCCUAUGGUACACCUCACGCUCAGUACUAGCAAGGGCCAUAAUCUCAUUCUCUGCCCAGGUACUGUGGCCAUUUGGGUCUUACGCCUGUUAAAGUCGAAGGAGUCGUACGAACGAGGCUCGACGCUGAUCUCAAGCCGCUUCCCGCGAAAUCAAUCACCAUAUCCGUUCGAUGCUAUGAGGCGAAGCUAGGCCUUCUCGGGGUCGUGCAAUCGAACGUGCUAGUGGACUAUACGCAAGUGCUAUGGUCCAACCCCGAUGCACAUGAAGAGUACAGAGAGAUCGGCGAUCUUGAAUUCCCCUUCCGAAUCUCGUUGCCAGCGAAGGUUGCGGGAUUCAGUUCCGCACUUUAUGCCUCGUUGUACCGAUGCACAUGGCGCGUCGAAGCCAUCGUCAACCAUGCUCCGAUUACAGGCGUUGGAUCGCGAACCAUGCGGUACUCCGAGUUGCCUUUACGACGGUUCGGCCUCCCAAGGUCUUCGACACCCAUUUCAAAGGCCGUGUUGAACGAUGAGGUUCAACACCCUCAUUUACCACCCAUCCGUUUCUCUCUCCACGCACCCACAACACCCAUUGGACCUCUUGAUCUUGUCUCCAUCCCCAUCCAUCUGAUGUCUUCAGAUCCCAGCGUUGCUGUCCGUAGUGCGAGUGCCAUCGUCGAACGUCGCAUGCGUUUUCUGGAGCUGGCUCCUUCACCUUCAAUUCCUUCGGCAACUAAUUCUUCGACCCUACAAUCGCUCGGGAGUUCCCAGGCAACCUCACCUCUCCCUAUACCGCAGCGCAAAGCCUCAUCCUCGUCGCUCUCAUAUUCCCCGUCGUCAUACCCUGAAUCGACCGUAUCCACUUUGAAUGCCUCUGACAAUCGCUCAUCGAGCUCCAUUACGGUACACUCUAUCGCAGGGACUGAAUCGUCCGGUUCCUUCCACCGAUCAGAGUCCGGUGUCUGGAGCAAAACGCUCACAUUACAAUGGCCAGCGGCGAAAUCUAACAGUCGAUGGUCCAUUGGGGAGUCUAUAGAAUCCGAGCUGGUGUCGAUCAAAUUCGUCCUGCGAGUCAAGGCGGUUGUUUCAUCGUCUUCUGGAACUGAGUCUUUAGAACUCCCUGAGAAAGAGCUGGUGAUCAUUGCAACGAAUGAAGCCGAACGUCAACUUGCCCUUUCUCAGACUCAAGAAGGCCAUCAGGGCACAAGAUCAAAAUCCAAGUCCCCUCGGCGGUCGCACCGAAUCGACGACGACGUUCCCCCGAUACCAGCCACAGCACAUACGGAAAGCUCCCAUCGUCUCACAUCUUCCUCGCCUCAUGGGCUGGUCUGUGCCUCCCGACCGUCACGCAGGCCGCACACCAGUGCUGGCCCAAGCGACCAAUCGCGAGCACGCUCAUUCCCUCAUGAGCCCGCGGCUCUUGAUCUCUUCCAAAGCCCCGAAAAGCUCGCAGCUGUGCCUUCCAGCGGUGAUGAGCUUGGGGCCGCUGCCGAUAGUGGCAGCAGCGCUAGCAGCACUAGUAUAAGCACCUCUAGUAGCUACAACAACCCGUUGGACGAUGUGAAGGUGGCAGAAUGGGAACAAGAGCUGGCCCGGAUCGAGAUGAGAAGUCGGCGUUCCAGCGACUUAGUGGGGUUUUCGAGCAAGAGAGGGAGUAUGCGGCCUGCAGUAAUUUGACUUCUCGUGUGUGUAUUGUACUUCACUUAUCAUUCGUAUUGUAUAUUACUUAGUCUCAGUCACGAGCCGUUACUGGCACAGCACAUACCUCAAGCUUGUCCUCCUCCACUACUAGCAAUCAAAAUCGGCCCGAUGCCUCCAGCAUUCCCUAUCGGAAGAUUCACCGCGCUAACGGCCACAUUGGUCGGCGCCGGACUAUUACUGCUCAAUACUACUGUUCCGAGCGAAGAAGAAGCUUACAAGCGACUGUCGCCUGGAGAGAGACAGCGCGUCGAUGAGGCCCGAGCUCGUCGUGCCGCGCAGGAAGCAGAGAUCCGCAGGAAGGUAUUCGCGAAGGAGCCACUUGACUCGGACUCAUUCCGGCCAACUUGGGUCGACGUCUCCAAAAAGUAGAGCCAUGCAUGGAAGGGGAGAUAUAUGUAUGUGAUAUUCAUUCCGGACCGGCUCUAUAUGCGCUACAAUACACCGAUGAUUACGAUAUUAACGAAGUGGGUAAAUGUCCCUCGUGUACAACUGGGAAUAAGACAGUUCAACGAAUCGCAUUCAUUGCGUUCCGCCAUGAGACGCACCACUGAAUAGGUCAGCAACUAGUCUGACAGAACGCGAGAUUACACACCCGAAAUAGCCGGGAGCAUCUUCCUGGGGUACUUUCGUAGGCGUGGUUUCGUUCGGGCUGUCUCCCAGGAGGGGCGCGUGGGCUACAAACGAGUCUCCAUCCGAAUCCGGCGAAGAGGGCAGAUUGUCGUAGGUAGCUCCACCCAUGACUGACGAUGUCGUGGAAAGAACAGAGGCCAUAGAGUCCUGAUGAAUGGGAGGAGCUGGCCGGAUAACAGUAGUCAGGUUGGGUUGUUCAGCGACUGCUUCGCUCGAAGCUGUUGUCUCGGACUCGAAUGCGACCUCGGGUCCAACAGACUCCUCACGGAGAACAUGAGGCUCUACGGAGGUCGUGGGAGGUUCUACAGAGACCACCAGCGUCGGCGGGGCUUCCACCUCAGAACUGUCGCUCAUAGAGGUGAUUUGCUCGUUCCCAGCGGCAGUCACGACCGCAGACGCCGUCGAGACGGCACUUAGUGCUGCAGUAAGUGUCGAAAACGGCGGAGGACUGGAAGUGCGUCGUCGCCAGCCGUUUGCCGUAUCCCUGAGAGCUUGGAGAGGGCUGGGAGACGGCGAUCUGCUACGCGACGGAUUCUUGUUCACAUCGAGUGUGUUAGCCGCCUGGGAGGCAGAGGGUAGGAGAUUAAUGCUGCUUGUCGAGCGAGCUUCGAUGGUAGACGGUCCCGGCCCUGCUAAUGCGGGUGCGGAGAUGGAUGUCGAUGGUGCUGUAGGCUGCUGUUCUGUGCUUCCACUUUCCGUUUUCUCUUUCUUCUUCUUCUCCUCCGCUUCUUUCCGUUGCUGAUUCUCGUGCUCAAUCAACGAGAGUCGCAUUGCUUCCAUCAUCAUGAGCUAGGAAUGUGAGACAACGGCCAAUCGUAGAAAAGAAGCCAAGCAAACCUCUUCCAGUUCCUGCCCACCCAUCCCCAUAAAUUGCUCCAUACCACCAUUGCCAGCACCCGGCUGUCUUCGACGAGAUCGUCGGCUGACCUCUGUGCCAGGGUUCUCUGCCUGGGCAGCAGCUUCUUCGGGGCUGAGCGCAUGGACGCGUCCGCUAGUCACUCCCACAGGAAUGAGCCGAUCUCCCACCUGCCGCAUGAUGAUCCUCCUGUUUGCCCGACGAGCAACAGCGGCUCGGACAGCGGCGAGCUUGGCCUCCCAGUCAGGACGGAUGUGAUCUGAGAUGUGGGCUCGUCGAUGACUGGAGACCACAGCUAGUAUACGCACCAGUAAGAACAACUUCCGCGCUAUCAGCACUGAAACUCUUCUGACGUCGUUUAUGAGUAGGGUAUGGAGCUGCAGUCUCGAUGGAUGGUGAAGAGCUCUUCGACGAUUCAGACCAAUUGGAAUGCUAGAAUCUUGGGUGAGGGGGCGGAGGGAUACAUUCCAGACGAACUCACCGAUCCCUCCGGCGUGAUACCUGCUCUCCAGGGAGGUGGGGUGUAUACGAUACCGAAAUUGUCUUGCACACAGUAGGGACAAGCGGCCGGUUCCGAGACGAGAUGUGUAGUUGUCGGCUCGUUGCGUUUGAUUUGAACAAAACACUCGGUGCAGAUGGCUUGGUCGCAACACCGAGAGUGAUUUAUGUUCGGCGGAUAGUACUGUGCAUAGACAUGAGCAUGGCACACGACAUUGGCCGUCGAAUCUGCUGACCAGAAAGCAGAUAGGGCAUUCGACAGCACCUCGAUAUAACGCAGCUUCAGCCUUGCUGGGCUCCUUGAGAGAGCCAGGUCGUUUGGACGAUUUGGGGACCGACGGGGGCUGCGAGGGCUGUUGUUCCCCAUCACUGUCGGGUAGCUGCUUCCGUGCAGCGAGAAUCUGGUCAUCAUCCCAGGACUCGUCGAAGUCUUCAAGGGGUCUGUAGAAUGGCGCUAGCCGCCUGGCGAUGAUGAACUGGGCGGUGAUAGACUGAUUCCAAUCUCGAGGUCCUGUGUAGACACCUUGAGGAACAAGUUGGCCGUAGUCGACCGAGUCGUCCUGGGGUCGUCCGGAAGAGGAGUUGUUACCCAUCGACCUCGUGUUUCAAAUUCAGUUCGCGAGUGCUGAGAAUUGACGGUGUGUGCCUGCUGCUCAACUCCCCGCAGAUGUUGGCGCAAGACAGCCCGUGUAGCUUGGCACUGUUUGUACUUGGGUCUUUCCCUGGUCCUCUCCUCGCAAGUUGCCGCAUUUCGCCACUACGGCUGCAACGCAAACAGCGACGCGACGAUUGCCCUGUGUACGGCGGCCUGUCUAUCUAGUCAUUUGCGCCCUUAGAUUGGAUAUUCGGCACUUUCAUCCUUCAGUCGCCGGGCUGACGUGUCUGAAUCUCUAGCACCCACGUGCUCGUAUAAAAUUCCACAGCUUUCGUUCCUUACCCUUACACUGCCCUUGAACCAGACAUGGAGGCUCCCUGGGCUUUGACUUCUCAGGAAGUUUUGGACCAUUUUGGUGUCGAUAUCGAACGCGGUCUCACCUCGGACCAAGCUGCGAAGCAUGCGCAAAUCUAUGGGAAGAAUGAACUCCCUGAGGAACCAUCCACUCCUCUCUGGGAAUUGAUUCUCGAGCAAUUUCAAGACCAGUUGGUCCUUAUAUUGCUGGCUUCCGCGGUCAUCUCCUUCGUUCUCGCCUUAGUCGAGAACACGGAGGAGUCCUCGUUUGCCACAGCUUUCGUCGAACCGCUUGUGAUCUUGUUAAUUCUUAUCGCCAAUGCUGCCGUCGGAGUGAUACAAGAGAGUAACGCUGAGAAGGCCAUCGACGCUCUCAAAGAAUACUCCCCAGAUGAAGCCAAGGUUGUUCGGUCAAGUCAAGUGGCUCGCAUCCAUGCCUCUGAACUCGUGCCGGGAGAUAUUGUGUCGGUGGCUGUUGGAGACAAGAUUCCUGCGGAUUGUAGACUGCUCUCAGUGUCAUCGAGCAGCUUCCGUGUCGACCAAGCCAUUCUUACUGGAGAGAGCGUCAGCGUCAACAAAUACGUCGAUGCAGUCACGGACCUCAAGGCUGUUAAACAAGAUCAGACGAAUUUGCUCUUUUCUGGCACCACCGUCGUGAAUGGCACAGGCAAAGCAGUCGUCGUUCUCACCGGCGCGAAGACUGCUAUCGGAGAUAUUCACAAGUCCAUCAGUUCCCAGAUUUCAGAGAAGACGCCCCUCAAACGCAAACUGGACGACUUCGGUGACAUGCUCGCUAAAGUUAUUUCUGUCAUCUGCAUUCUUGUCUGGCUUGUCAACAUUCGGCACUUCUGGGACCCUUCACACCAUGGUGCCCUGAAGGGUGCCAUCUACUACUUCAAGAUCGCAGUUGCACUAGCAGUAGCUGCCAUUCCAGAGGGUCUUGCUGCGGUCAUCACGGCUUGUCUUGCGCUUGGCACCAAGAAAAUGGCCCAGAAGAACGCUAUUGUGCGCAAUCUCCCCAGUGUUGAGACUUUGGGAUGCACAAACGUCAUCUGCUCCGACAAGACAGGAACCUUGACGACCAACCAGAUGAGCGUGUCCCGGGUGAGCUUUCAUGUCUCGCUCAUCACGGAGAUUCUGAAUAGCCCUCAGUUCUUGGUCAUAGACGGCAAAACAAUGAGCCCACGGGAGUUCACGGUCGAGGGCACCACGUUCUCGCCGUAUGGGUCUGUGAAAUCCGCUGAGGGCAACGACGCCUCUGCUGAACUCAAGUCAGACGCCAUCCAGCGGCUUGCGGAGAUCAGUGCUGUCUGCAAUGACUCUAAAAUCAUCUACAAUGCUGAUAAGGCGGCAUACAGCAAUGUUGGAGAGCCGACAGAAGCAGCCUUGAAGGUUCUUGUUGAAAAGCUGGGCUGUACCGAUGCGGAACUGAGCAAAUCUCUCGCCACUCUGGCUCCCGAAACUCGUGUCGGCGCUGUCAACCAGUUUUUCGAGAGCACCAUCGCGCGCUUGCUCACUUUCGAGUUCUCUCGGGACCGUAAAAUGAUGUCUGUGCUUGUCAAGGCGCACGGGUCCGGCGCACUCUUUGCCAAGGGAGCUCCUGAAUCAGUUCUGGAGCGCUGCACCUCGGCUCAGGUGAAUGGCAGCGUCGUUCCUCUGACUCCUCAACUUCGAGCGGCAAUUCUGGCAAAAACUGUUGUCUACGGAGCGAAUGGUCUUCGCACACUGGCGCUGGCGUACGCUAACAUCCAGGACCUCGAUGUCUCCCACUACAAGGCGGAAAACUCCAGUGAUUACGCACGCUUCGAACAGAAUCUCACCUUCGUAUCGCUUGUCGGCAUGUUAGAUCCUCCCCGCCCCGAAGUUCGUGAAGCUGUGGCGAACUGCAAAGCCGCAGGAAUCCGUGUCAUCUGCAUCACCGGGGACAACAAGGGAACGGCAGAGACCAUCUGUCGCCAGAUUGGCAUCUUUGGAGAAAAUGAAGAUCUCAGCGGAAAGAGUUACACAGGCCGUGAGUUGGACGACCUGUCCGAGGCAGAAAAGAUCGAAGCUGUGCAACGGGCCAGCCUCUUUUCGCGGACUGAACCAUCCCACAAGAGCCAAUUGGUAGAUCUAUUGCAAGGGCUAGGUUUGGUGGUGGCAAUGACUGGGGACGGAGUAAACGAUGCUCCUGCGCUCAAGAAAGCCAACAUUGGUGUUGCCAUGGGCAGUGGUACCGAUGUGGCAAAACUCGCGGCCGACAUGGUUCUUGCAGACUCCAACUUUGCAACAAUAGAGAAGGCCGUGGAAGAGGGUAGACUUAUCUAUAACAAUACAAAACAAUUCAUUCGCUAUCUUAUUUCCUCUAACAUUGGAGAGGUCGUCAGUAUAUUCCUUACCGUGCUUCUGGGGAUGCCAGAAGCUCUAAUUCCGGUACAACUGUUGUGGGUCAACCUGGUGACCGACAGUCUGCCAGCGACCGCUUUGGGCUUCAAUCCUCCAGAUCAUUCGAUCAUGCGUGUCCCGCCGCGGGACAGCCGUGAGCCCUUGGUCGGAAAAUGGCUAUUCUUCCGAUACAUGGUUGUUGGGACGUAUGUUGGCUGUGCCACGGUCGCCGGAUAUGCGUGGUGGUUCAUGUUCUACUCGCAAGGGCCCCAGAUCUCCUUCUAUCAAUUGACGCACUUCCACCAAUGUUCGGCCUUGUUCCCUGAGAUCGGCUGCCAAAUGUUUACCGACAUCAUGGCCCGUCGUGCAACGACCAUCAGCCUGUCGAUCCUCGUCACAGUCGAAAUGUUCAAUGCUAUCAACUCGUUGUCAGAAAACGAAAGUCUGCUUGCACUCCCCGUGUGGAAGAAUCCGUUCUUGGUUGCUGCUGUUGCCCUCAGCAUGGGGCUGCACUUCAUGAUUCUCUACUCGCUAUUCGCGAUCACGCCCCUCAACUGGGCGGAGUGGCAAGCUGUGCUGUACUUCAGUGCACCGGUCAUUCUCAUCGACGAGAUCCUCAAGUUCAUCUCUGCGACAUUCAUAAGCCCUCCGACCAAGUUGAAGCUGGAUUGAUUUGCAAUGCAAAUCUCUGUGUAAAUAGCCUGGGGCGUGAAUCAUUGGGUUCUUUCAGUAAUGAAUUCUGUUUGGUUGUGUGUACUGUGUACAGUUGCAAUCCACUAACCCCUGUGCGGCAACCUGCUCCUAUUCGCUUGAUAUAUCGCCUCGCUCCUUCACACUUUUCUGAACUUUGCGCUCAUUCUAAUCCGACCCUAUGCUCUCUUCUUCUCUCUCAAUCCUCGCUCUGGCUGUUCCUCUCGCUUUGGCGGCUCAUCCGUCGUCUCAUGUCAACCGCGGCCACCAUGAGUUAGCUCAAAGGUCGAGAGCCGAGAACUCCUUGGAGAAAAGGGCUUCUUAUUCCGGCGUGCGAUUUACUUUCUACGAAGCCGGCCUAGGUGCCUGUGGUCACGUCAACACGGAUUCCGAUUAUAUCGUUGCGCUCAGUCAAGAUGUUUUUGGAUGGACCUACCCCAGUCCAUGGUGCGGCCAACAAAUCGAAAUCAGAUACAAGGGCAAAAGCGCAAUUGCGACUAUCAUGGACUCGUGCCCUGGGUGUUCCAACGGUGACCUCGAUUUCACUCCUGGCCUGUUUUCGCAUUUUGCAUCCCAGGAUGCAGGUGUCAUCUACGGAGAUUGGAGCACCACAGGCGAUAAGGGUGGUGGCGACACAACCACUUCAACGCAUGAGAAGACCACGAGCACAACCCAGAAAACAACUUCAACAACCAGCACUACCAGCACACACCACACCACUUCAACGCAUACAUCUACGAGCACGACGACGACGACGUCGUCGUCGUCCUCAUCGUCGUCUUCAUCGUCAUCCACGACCUCGAUCUCAACCACACUAGCAGCGAGCUCUCAGUCCGCCCUUUCGUCGUCUGCGUUGUCAACAGUUGUCUCGAGCUCAGCCAGCCCGUCGGCAUCGGCUUCCCUCGCUCCGGCUACUGGCACCAAUGUACCGCCGACGUCGUCCAAUCCGGAAAAUCUCUACACCUUCUCCCAGGCAAUACUUGGUCUUUUGGGUGUCGUUGUUCACGGCCCAGCAUAGCAUAUCGUUAUGUAAUAUUUUAUGCCCCUCGUCUCCUUAGUGCUGGACAACUUUGUGUGACAAGAAUUAGAGUGCAUUUGGAUGUUAAAUGACGUGGAUAUUGAACACAUGGAGAGAGAUCGGGGGAAGCACUACUUAGCGAUAACACUGCACCAUGAGCACUUGUAAGCCGGAGUCCUUGACCCAUUUGCGCGGCAUGGUAUCGCGACUCUUGCGCAAAUCGCGCACGAGGGCGGACCUGCUCUUGUGCAUCACACUCUGAAUCGCAGUCGGACCUUGUUCCCGGACGUGGAGAUAUUCGCCAAUAUUCAGAAACAGAUGCGAUUUGAUUAAGGCGCGGGCAGACGUCAGCGAUGCAGGAAGUGUCGAUGAGGCGAGGCCGCAUUCGAUGAUCAGUGACUGGAGAAACGUAAGUCGACAGAGCGAAGUCGGGUCUCCAGCCAGGAAACUAAGUAUGUACUCGGUUAGUUCGAUCAAAGCGACGAUGCCAUAUGGGGAACCGCGUACCCGCUAAUAUAACGAGCAGCUGUGUCGUACAUCCCACCCUCGGUAUCGAUGUCCGUUUCUGACAUAACGGAUACGUCGUCAACGAUGGAACGCGACCCUAAACCUUGGACGGAUGAAUCCGGGCUGGUGCUUCCGCUACGUUUGGCUGUCCGCCUUCGACGACGACGUCUCGCCUUGCUUGGAUUCGAGGUGGUGGUAGCGGAUGCGAGGAGAGGGGUGCAAGGAGCGGUAGGAGACGCAGAGUGUACCUUACUAUCUGCUUUCCGACCUCCUAGCUCUCGGGUCUCACACUGCAGCCGAUCGGGAGCCCCACUGCCAGACUGUGCUGAUCCAAGGCUGAGGCAGCCUAGAUCCUCUAUAGUUUCAUGUUCAUGCGGAGCUUGCAAUGGUGGAUUGGCAUUCGGUGGCACCGCAGAACGCGGACGGCUGAGAACGACAAAGUCGUCGUCGUCGCCGUCGUACAGCGGGGAUGCGAUGGAAGAGGCAGUAGAAUCGAUACCCCAGAUAAUUUCAUCGUCUGAACCCCCCAAUAGGAUCCCGGUUGUGUGAGAAGAAGAGGUGGUGGAGGAGCGGGAGCGAUGGGUAAGAACUUCAAACGAGGAAGUCGCGGACAUGGCCGGAGACGAGGGAACGUCGGUGGGGGGGCUCAUGACAGCACCACUUAAAACGUGUAGAAAGUAGAUUGGCAACGAGGACACAGGCUGGGAAAAUCGAGAGAAAUUGAUUUGAGGCAGACAGACAGACAGACAGACAGACUGGGGAAACUUGGCGACCAGCAGAUGUGAUAGCAGAUGUAAUGGUGGUGGUUAGGGAGAAAGGGGUCUCCAAUACACAAUUGUAUAUCGAUAAACGCCCCUCACGACCUGCUCAAGCCCGAUGCUGCGGUCCCACACUCGACCCUGCAAGUGGGUGACUUCCCGUAAGCCUAGAUAUCAGAUCUGGAACGAAUAAAUGUUGUUUGCCGAGAUACCGGGGCUCUGAUCAGGACCCCAUCUUGCUAAGAUCUCGCUGAGAGCCUCUUGAGGCCUCUUACAGAUUUUAAACUGGAAGGGGGGUCAGGACCCCCCUUCCAGACUACCAACCCUCGAAUAAACCAAUCGCGGAAGGUAAUGACAGGCAUGAUCAUUGCGUUUGUGGCUGUGUGACUUUCGCGUCACUCCUUCUACCUUUGUCCCGACGCAUCGAGCAGCUCGUAUCGGAGCGCCCGAGAGCUCUAGCACUCCCUUAUCUCCAUAAUAAUCCAACAUAUGCCUCUGUGUAUCCCCAUUCCUACCGGCAACUACCGAAACCUGCGGUUGUAGAGCUUGUAGCCGAGCACCAUUUUGCAAUUCGCUAGCAAUGGUGCGCAAGGUGGUGGGGCAACAUGGAGGCUUUUGAGGUCAUGGUGAAUAUAUGUUCUCCACUUCAUCGUGGCUGCGGCGUGGCUCUAGGGUAUUUAAGGCGUGAACUUGUGGAUCCCAAUCAAGCUCUUCCUCCCUCCUCCCCUCACUAUACCUUUCUGGAGACGCCUACCAGCCACCUAUCGGCCACCUAUCGAGCUCCCGAUCGAGCUUGGUACAUUUCUCAAGAUAGACAGCUCUCCGCUCCUAGGAACAGUGCACUUGGUGGUGCACCAUUUGUGACUCAGCCCCCGCUGCUGCCCCAGCAGCAACAGGCUCAAUACACAUGGUCCAUUGAACCUGCACGGACACCCAUCCCUAUCGACCCUGCUCUCCUUCCCCUGCCCGACAGCUCUGAUGUUGACCUCCGACACCCACUGACUAUUGCUCAGCUUUCUGGGCUGCCAAGGGCUGACAAGGUGGCUGGGAGUCGUGCAAACGGGAAGCGCCAUGCUCGAAGCUCUGAUCGCAAAGGCAAAAAGCGCUCGGCAUCCUCAGAUCUUGAGGGUACAGAGAAGAAGCGUCGGGGACGGCGAGCCGGGACCACAAACUACGGUGCCUCUGAGGUCAACCAUCUGCUGAAUCUCGCCCAUAAGCGCCGUCCUGGUGGUGGAAAAGCUUGGGAGAGUCUCGCCGGAGAGUAUAACACUUGGGCAUUAUCACACGACUUCGAGGAGCGGACAUCCACAUCGUUGACAAACAAGCUCAAUGCACUUGCUCGCACAACCAAACCCACGGGAAGUCGUGAACGUCCUGCCAAAGUUAAGCGGGCACUCGAGAUCAUGACUCUUAUCAACGAGCGAACUGGUGCUCGCAAUUUGGAUGACCUUAUGGGCGACUCAGCCGAUGAAAUGGAUGACGACCCUCAUGCGGACGACCCUCAUGCAGACAACUCCGACGACUCCGUUACCUUUGUCCAUGGCCCCGUUCGGACUGCUGUUGCGCGUCGUGCUCCCUCCCCUCCUCUUUCGCGCCAAACCAGUCGCCAAAAUGCGACUCACCUCGCCAACACCCUUGCUCAUUCGCUUGGCCCUGAGGGUCAGAUGGCACGGGAAGAGGCUCGUUCUCGUUGCACCUACGAGAAUGCCCAACUUUUCAGCCUUACCCAACAGCUACGAGAUGUGCAGGCAGAGCUGAGCCGAGUCCGCUCUGAGCUGUCUGAGUCCCAGCGAGCCCGGGAUUGUGCUCAGCUGAAGUUGGAGAUGAUCGAAGAGAUGGGUUCGCAUGCCUCGUGGAUCUCACAUUCUCGCACCCACUCGCCUCAUCCUUGCAACCGUGGCCGUUCGUCAAAGAAGAAGGAUUACCAGCCAAUCAAGUUUCCCGAAGGCGCAGAUGUAUGCGAUGGGAAGAUGCGGAUCACAGAGAAGCUGGAAGGUGGCGGGGAAGUAACAUGGUGGGCUCCCAAGAGCGAGACCGAAUGGAGCCCGAGUCCUCGUCCUGUUCGCCGCUGCCGUUCCCCCACUUGUAACGCAACCCCCGGGCCUUCCCAUCAACGCAAUGCUUCUCCCAGUCACUCUCAUCAUCGAUCUCCAUCCCCGGUUCUUGCUGGACCUUUGGUGACCGGGGAUGCCAUUCAGGUCGUGAUGACCCCACACAAAGGAGGCCCUUCUGUCGGGUUCAUUAUCAGUCCUUCGAAGGACUCUUCUAUGGACUAAGCUUGCUUAGUACAGUCCCUCUUACUGUCCUUACAUGUUAUAUAUAUAUUUCUUGUCACACUAACUGUUGUCGGUCUUUACAUCACAAUACACAUUCGUUUGCAUUGAUUCAAG